GAUGUGGUCUGAGCUCACCUUGAGAGCGCCCCCCAGAGAAGUCCCUGAGAAAGGAGAGCUCAGAGCUCUGCUUUGCACUGGUCUUUGGCUACACAAUUCACAGCGCACCUGCCCGCUUACAGUCGAGGCUGUCUGCUUCAAAGCCACGGUGGGGGCCUCGGGAAAAUGCGGGCCCAGAUGGGAGGCCCGCGGGGGCCCAGCGCCUUCAUUCCUUUCGCGACGGAGGUAGGUGGUGAGGAAAGCUAAUGUUAGUAUAGUCAUUGGCUUUGUGUUGAGGGAGUAGAGAGCGCUCUUCAAGGAGAUAUCUUUAAAAAGCAAAUAAAACAACUUUCCAUACUAUAAUUGCUAUUAAUGGAAAGGAGCCUACCCUGCUGAAUUAAAUAGUUCAAAACUGCUUGUUCAUUAUCGGUAGCUCCCUCACUACAAGAGGGAAAAGAAAAUGUGAAAACAAAAAACCAAAAUCAAGAAGCCUCCUUCACUGGCCGCCCAAGUGUCUAGGAGGCACCUGAGGGGCCAGGAAGCACUCCGCCCUCCCAGCCUCUAGUGCGCCAAGAAAGCUCAAACAGCGGAGGAGCAAAGCAAAAACAAAAACAAACAACGAAAAACGCUUAAAUUCCAAGGAGAAAAACGGAGGUGGUCUCCAAAUCUGUGUGUCAUGCAGGGCUUGGCUGGGUAGCCCACUCAACUGCUGAUCCCGGCCUGGUAACAGCAAUGAGGCUGACGCCCCCGGCCCCGCUAGAGAGUACAGCCCACAGCUCCCCCUUGCCAGGCGCCCAAGGACCCUCAAGGCGCGGGGCUCACACUUGAAGCCUUGGGAACGCUCAGACAGGAAACCCACUUCCUCCUAAGCAGUUUCUUGCUAGCCGGAUGAGAGGCGCCCAAUUGAAGCAGAAUGAUCCUCAUCUACUAAUAUCCAGCGUGGCCACAAAGCGACCGGCCAUUUACGCCGCCACUUUAGACAAAGAUAUUUGGUUAUUCCCGGGGAAGCAAGUGCACUUUUGCAUGGCUGAGCUCCGGGAGGAGGCAAGCCUCACCCCAGCCUCCCGCCCGCUGGGCUGCCGGCGUCGAGAUAUUCGCCUCCUCCCGGACAGCGAGUUCCACUGGGGUUCAGACUCAAUUCCACUCUGCAACGGACCCGCGGGCGCUCCCUCGGCUCCCCGCCUGGACUCUCCCUGAAGCUGCGGGGAUCUGGGCUGGGGUGCUGCUGGGACUGUGAUGUCCUCGGAAACUCAGCACCAGCUUCAGAAGCCGGAGUAUCCAGGCCAUGGGCAAGGGUCAGGGGCAUCAGGUUUGUUCGAGAUGGGGCAACUUCAGAGGUGGACUCUCAUGUUAAUCCCCUCACCCUCGUCCUCCCAGCUCAGAAGGCCAGCGGUGUUCUUGCCUGGCCCGGCAAAAGGGGUGGAGAAAGGGAGCGGUGGGGUGGGGUAGGCUGGGGGGCUGGUCCGCGAGGGAGCCAGGAGCUUGGUGGGGGGUGGCGCGGGGAUCGGUGACAGCCUCCCGGAGGCAGUCGUUCCCUUUACUCAGCUCCCCCUCCGCCCGCUGGGAUUCUCUCGGGUAAGGGGAAAGGGGGCGGGGAGCAGAGGUGUCCCUCUGACGGCGGCAGAAGAAGCAGACAGACUGACAGACACAUAGACCAACAGUGCAGCCCCAGGGUUCACAUCCCCAGACUGGCACACUCUUUUGGUGGUGACUGGGGCUCAGCGCUUCGAAGCCCGAUGUGGUCCGGAGGCGGUGGGAAGGCGCGGGGCUGGGAGGCCGCAGCGGGAGGGAGGAGCAGCCCCAGCAGGCUCAGCCGACGCCGAAUCAUGUCGAUGAGUCCAAAGCACACGACUCCGUUCUCAGUGUCUGACAUCUUGAGUCCCCUGGAGGAAAGCUACAAGAAAGUGGGCAUGGAGGGCGGCGGCCUCGGGGCUCCGCUAGCAGCGUACAGACAGGGCCAAGCGGCCCCGCCGGCCACCACCAUGCAGCAGCACGCCGUGGGGCACCACGGCGCCGUCACUGCCGCCUACCACAUGACGGCGGCGGGGGUGCCCCAGCUCUCGCACUCCGCUGUGGGGGGCUACUGCAACGGCAACCUGGGCAACAUGAGCGAACUGCCACCUUACCAGGACACCAUGCGGAACAGCGCUUCGGGCCCCGGAUGGUACGGCGCCAACCCAGACCCGCGCUUCCCCGCCAUCUCCCGCUUCAUGGGCCCGGCGAGCGGCAUGAAUAUGAGCGGCAUGGGCGGCCUGGGCUCGCUGGGGGACGUGAGCAAGAACAUGGCCCCGCUACCUAGUGCUCCCCGCCGGAAGCGCCGGGUGCUGUUCUCCCAAGCGCAGGUGUAUGAGCUCGAGCGACGCUUCAAGCAACAGAAGUACCUGUCGGCGCCGGAGCGCGAGCACCUGGCCAGCAUGAUCCAUCUGACACCCACGCAGGUCAAGAUCUGGUUCCAGAAUCAUCGCUACAAGAUGAAGCGCCAGGCCAAGGACAAGGCGGCGCAGCAGCAACUGCAGCAGGACAGCGGCGGCGGCGGCGGUGGCGGCGGGGGUGCGGGAUGCCCGCAGCAGCAGCAGGCUCAGCAGCAGUCGCCGCGCCGGGUGGCAGUGCCAGUCCUGGUGAAAGACGGCAAACCUUGCCAGGCGGGAGCCCCUGCACCAGGCACCGCCAGCCUGCAAGGCCACGCGCAGCAGCAAGCUCAGCAGCAAGCGCAGGCGGCGCAGGCGGCUGCCGCGGCCAUCUCAGUGGGCAGCGGUGGUGCAGGUCUAGGCGCACACCCAGGCCACCAGCCAGGCAGCGCAGGCCAGUCCCCGGACCUGGCGCAUCACGCAGCCAGCCCGGCAGCGCUGCAGGGUCAGGUCUCCAGCUUAUCCCAUCUGAACUCCUCGGGCUUGGACUAUGGCUCCAUGUCCUGCUCUACUUUGCUUUAUGGUCGGACCUGGUGAGACGUGGGACCCGACUGAGCCCCGCGCGACCUCACAGCUUCCCCUCUGCCCUCCGCAAAGACCACCAUUCGCUGCCCCACGCGCUUCUACUUUUCUUAAGAACUUGUUUGUGUUUAGACCAAGGAAAAGUACACAAAGACCAAACUGCUGGACGCCUUCAUCUUCUUCCUCCUUUUCCUCCUGCUCCUCUUCCU